UCGUUCGCGCUAGGAAUACUGGGACGGCGUCAGUUCCAUAUCUUUCGGAGCGCAGAGAAAGGCGGGUGAGAAGAGAACAGGAGGAUUGUGAGGGAAACAGAACAUCCACGAAGAGAAGCCAGAGAAAACAGGAAAGAAAGAGCUCUGGAAGCAUCAAGCAAGCGAUUUGACCUACGGGGGUGACUGGGUGAAGCGGUGCUGCUAGGAGAUUUAACGUUAAUAUUCGUUCUUGCACGUCUAUUCAGAGCGACCCGCAACGUUAAAGUUACGGUGUAUUCAAGGAAAGUUGAGGGCGUCAACGGGCAAGCGAGAGUGAAGAGAGAAAAGGAACCAACAUCUUAUGGUCGAGGAAGGUCAAAAGUCGACCGUGGUUUUCCGCUGUGAAAUGACCACUGGUCAGGGGCGCAAAUCGCCGGCGAAAGAAGGCGAGAUUACAGAACUGGAGCCGGGGGUAGAGGAUCUGACACCCAACCGAGACAGAGGGGUGCUGAAGAUUGUCAAGAAGGCAGGAAUCGAUGCCGAGUCUCCUAUGAUUGGAGAUAAAGUGUUCGUCCACUACACCGGGACCCUGCAGGAUGGAAGAAAGUUUGAUUCGAGUAGGGACAGAAAUGAGCAAUUUGUCUUUGAUCUGGGGAAAGGCCAAGUGUUAAAAGCAUGGGACCUGGGAGUGGCUUCAAUGAAGAAAGGGGAGAUCUGUCAGUUGAUCUGUAAACCAAACUAUGCCUAUGGGACUGCUGGAAGCCCACCUGAAGUCCCUUCAAACUCUACGUUGCUCUUUGAGAUUGAACUGUUGGAUUUCAAGGGAGAAGAUUUAACGGAUUGUGAAGACGGAGGCAUCAUCCGUAGGAUUAAAAAGAAAGGGCAAGGUUAUUCCAGCCCCAAUGAAGGAGCUACGGUGGAAGUUUAUGUGGAAGGAUGGUGUGGCGGUGCCUUGUUUGACCAGCGUGAGGUUAAACUUGUGGUCGGAGAAGGGGAAGAUCAUGAUAUUCCCAUAGGAGUUGAUAAAGCCUUGGAGAAAAUGCAGAGAGGAGAGCAUUGCAUUCUUCACCUGAAGCCAAAAUAUGGAUUUGGAGAUCAUGGAAAACCAGGCUUCAAUAUUCCACCGAACUCGGAGCUCAAUUAUGAGGUUUUGCUGAAGGACUUCGUAAAGGCUAAAGAUCCCUGGGAAAUGGAUACACGUGAGAAGUUAGAGCAAGCAGCUAUUGCCAAGGAGAAAGGAACGUCCUAUUUUAAGCGUGGUAAAUACGAGCAGGCUCAGAUCCAGUACAGGAAGAUCGUGGCAUGGCUGGACCAGCGAUACGGCCUAUCAGAGGAGGACAGUUGGAGUGCUAAGGCCCUUGUUCUAGCAGCACAUCUCAACGUGGCAAUCUGCUGUCUGAAACUGAAUGACUACCUGAAGGCUGUGGAGAGCUGUGACAAGGCAUUAGCGAUUGACAGACUGAAUGAGAAGGCCCUGUACAGACGUGGAGAGGCGAGACUCUCUGUGAAUGAGUUCGACCUGGCAAAGGCAGAUUUCCAGAAGGUGCUUCAGGUCAACCCAGAAAACAAGGCAGCAAAGGCUCAGCUUGUCAUGUGCCAGAAGAGGAUAAAGGAGCACCAUGAGAAGAACAAGAAGAUUUAUGCUAAUAUGUUCCAAAAGUUUGCAGACAGGGACUUAAAGGGAAGAAAUGGCAAGUCUUCCAGGGAGAAAGACAGUGAAAUAUUUAAAGAGGUGGAGGAGGACUCACCUGAAGAAAAAAAAUCCAGAGAAGCAGCGUGAAGGGGAAGUGCCCAUGUCAGAAGAACAAGGUGGCUGGUUUCUAAGUUGGCCCUAAAUGGCAUCUCAGCAACCCUGUGCUGAACAAUGUCCCGUAUUAAGAGUGCAAGGAGCUGUUUUCUGCCAAUAAAAGGGAACAAAAGAAUUGUUAUAGCUGGAGAUCUCGACAAGUACAGUGAGAGCUGCUGGUUGCAGACUCCCCAGAAAGCCAUGGUAGAUCUUUAAAAACCCGAGUGAAAAUAUUUCUGAGCAUUCCAGAAUCAAGCACAAAUAAACAUGAUAAUCGUCCUCCUCUGGUUUUGGAUAUUUGUCCUUGAAUGAGGUGAAUAAACGGUCAUGUGAGUAGGUGCUGUUAGGGUGUAACUUUCUGCAUCAACCCUGCAAAGAAUUCAGCCUCAAGAUCAGCUUCCACAGAGUAAAGGAACAACCUCCCAAUUCAGCUGAACCGUCUUUUCCUUGUCGUAAGAACAUGCACUGAGCUUCCUCACUCUGCAGGCUUCUCAAAGGCUUUCUCUGUCACUGCCCCCAGGUGUGUCGGAGGUACCUCGCCUGAGGGACCCACUUCUCAUUGUUGUGUCACGGCACCAUGUUGGACUGUGGUCAUUCCCCACAGAGCCGCUGCAGUGUUUGCAAUGAGCUCCAGUGUUUCUCUCUCCAGUGUACUUGCAAAGAUUGUCCUCACUGACAGAGCCAAUGGGAAUCCAAGAGGUAACUGUUUGUGGUGAAACACCUGAGCAACUUCUGUCUUUAACAUGUAGGUUUCUCAAUUAAAAAGCUUGCCUCAAACUGAAAACUGCCAGAAACAUUAUCACAAAAUGCUUCUAUCAAAUGAUUCCCCUGCAACAUUGCCCAGCUCGUGCAGUGGGUGUCACUAUUCCGGGUACAAAGUGAACUCUAGGAACACGAGACAGUUGAAGCACUGAGCAACCUGCUGGAGGAACUCGGUAGCUUGAGUAAGGUGUGUAGGGCGGGAAGGAAGUGUAGAUGUUGUGGGUCAAGGCACUGUAUCAGGACUGAGAAUGGAGAGGGAAGAUGACCAGUAGAAAGAGGAGAAGGGGAGUGGU